AUGUUUAAUCGUUUUCCGAGACGAGUUUGCAGCGGUGGUUGCAGUUAUGGUCAUCAUUACUCGAAAUUGAAUUAUUAUAAGAUUCGUUGGAGCAGUACUGUUAAUACAAAUUUCAGUAAUGGGUUACCAAUAUCGUUAUAUCGUAAUAAAUGGGAAGCUGUUAUUGGAUUGGAAAUUCACGCGCAAAUUAAAUCUAAAACAAAACUAUUCUCAUCAUCAUCAACAUCGUUUAAUAAACCCGUAAAUACUAACGUUUCAGUGAUUGAUGCUGCUUUUCCGGGAACGAUUCCGCGAUUGAAUGCGAGAUGCGUCGAAUUAGCAGUACUAACAUCCUUUGCGUUAUCAUGCAACAUUCAACGUGUUUCAUCAUUCGAUCGGAAACAUUAUUCGUAUCCAGAUUUACCAGCUGGAUAUCAAAUCACACAACAUUUUGCUCCAUUAGCAAAAAAUGGCAAAAUAUUCUUAUCAUCAUUAUUGGAUGGCCUAGAAUAUGAUAAAGAGAUAAGAAUCAAACAGUUGCAGCUUGAACAGGACACUGGAAAAAGUCUUUACGAUAUAGGAUCGGAGGGAUCCCCGGUGACAUUGAUUGAUUUGAAUAGAGCUGGCAUUGGUCUUAUGGAAAUAGUAACUGAGCCUGAUAUUAGGUCAUCAAAAGAAUCUGGUUUAUUGGUUCGCAAAUUGCAAGGUUUACUUCGAACCGUUGGGUCCUCUGAUGGGAAUAUGGAGGAGGGAUCCUUGCGUUGUGAUGUUAACGUAUCAGUCCAUGAACCAGGCAAGCCAUUUGGCACACGAUGUGAAAUUAAAAAUUUGAAUAGCGUAAAAUUCUUGAUGUCUGCAAUUGAUGCAGAAAUAGAACGUCAAGUUGAAUCAUUAGAACAAGGGAUACCAGUCAUACAAGAGACGCGUAGAUUUGAUGUAUCCAGUAAUAAAACACUUCGAUUACGCACCAAGGAAUCUUUAAUGGAUUAUCGAUAUAUGCCAGAAGCUGAUUUACCAGAAUUGAUAUUAUCAGAUGAAUAUUUAUCGCGUGUCUAUCAAUCGUUACCAGAGUUACCAGACGCCACAAAGAUUCGGUUAAUGCGACAAUAUGGUAUUUCGGUGUAUGAUACUGGUGUUGUGUUAGGGGAAGAAGGCGGUGUUGAAUAUUUUGAGAAGAUAACAAAUAAUCGUAAUCCGAAACUUGUCAUCAAUUGGAUAACCCAUGAAUUGUUUGGACAACUGAAAACUCGUGAUGUUAAAUUCAUCGACAACCCGGUGACAGUUGAACAACUUGGAUCCUUGGUCGAUUGUAUUAAUCAAAACAUAAUAUCGGGUACAACAGGAAAACAGGUUCUGGCAUUAAUGAUUGAUGGCGAUGCUCGUCUUGCGAACGAAAUUAUUCAAGCAAAAGGAUUACAACAAAUAAACGACAGCGUGGAACUUGAAAAAAUCUGCAAAACAAUUGUGGCAAAAUAUCCAGAUGAAACUCAACGAAUCAAAAAAGGUCAGCUUAAGGUAUUUAAAUGGUUAGUUGGUCAAGUUAUGCGCGAAACAAAAGGACAAGCGAAUCCACAACUGGUUAAUGAGAUUUUGAAAAAAUCUAUUGAUGAGGUGAAUCUUGGUGAUGAUGAUGAGGUCACUACUACUACCAAUAAUAAUCAAAAACCAUAA